UUAACUCUCUUUUGUCUUAUCUCUUGAAAGUCUUAUCAGAGUAUUUAUUUUUUGUUCCUGCAGAAUAAAUCAUCCCAUGGAGUCAUUGAAUUAUUCUGUGCCUCCUGAAAUCAAACCCGUCAUUUCCAAAAGAAAAUAAAAAAUGCUGAAUAAGAAGCAAAACCACAACAAAGAAAACCAUAAAAAAGCAUGAAUGCGUUGAGACUACUUAAGAAUCAGCCGAAGCAGAUUCUGACGUGGAAGCAAAAGCCAGGUGGCCGAUAGCUAGGCUAUAAUAACAAGCAUCAAUAAUCCAUUAUUCCCUUGUUAUUUGGUUCUUUUGUUUUAUAUCAAAGCAAUGCCAGAAAUGGCGAGUUUCAAAUUUUCCGAGAGCAUAACCAUCCCCGCCCUUCCUCUAUCAUAAACCUUGGAUUGGAUUUGCAUUUCACUGCUUUAGUUAGUUUGCAUUUGCAACAAAUGAGUGAAAGAACUCUGGUUCCAAUAUUCUUCUUCUGGGCAUUCCUUACCAUUAUCACUCCGACUCUUAUUCUAUUGUCAGAGAAUUCGAAGGACGACUUUGAUAUAAAUGGAAAUAUAACUGAGGGAAUGAAGGCUAGAAGAAUGAUGAGUGACCCAGAGAAAUAUGUGAUCAGGUUCAGAACAAAGGCACAGACGACUGCAGAGGAGAUGGCCCCUUCACCAGCGCCAAAUCCAUCAAUGGCUUCAUAUUCAUAUCAUGAUCAACGCAACGGCACGUAUGGAGGGCUUAAGCUUCUGUCUCCAAAAACACAAGUUGAACAAACAGGAAUCACAUCCGCAAGUACCUGAUGACAGAGCUCUCUGGCUUGGGAUCUCAGACUUUCCCGUCCUGUCCUCCUCCAACUACUAAAUAAAUUGAUGAAAAAUGCAUGAUGUUGUUGUUGUUGUUGUAUUGCAGAGAUGUCAAUUAUUUUUUAGGAGAUAUAUUUGCGCAGAUUGUGCAUUCAAAUGUUUUAUAUUGAUUGUGGGUCUUAUACUUUGCGCAUAAUUUAUUGAAUAUGUUAUUAUUUA